ACUCCAGGAGGUUUUAGAUACAAUUUAAUCAAUUCAUUUGGUAGAUAGAAUGAUCAUGGUCCAGGUGUGCAGGGUCAGCAUGACAUCACAUAAGUUUAUGCUGUUAGUAUGUUCUUCUUUAUGGCUGAUGAAGUCUUACCCUACUAAAACGUGUUACAAGAAAUUUUAUUAUAAACCUAUACAUUCAGUAAAUAGAUCUUGGAGCUGUAGAACAUUUGGAGGACUAGUGGUGGAGCACUGAGGAGAGAGGAAUCAUCUCCAAUAUGGAUAAUAAGGACAUUUGACCCUGAGGGUAAUAAGUGAUCCAGGAAGGAGUUAGGCACUGUUCCUUCUCAUCAGAGACCCACGAAGGAUGGACGAGGACAGAAACCACAUGGCUGCGAGGAUAUUAGACCUCACCCUGGAGAUCAUCUACCUGAUAACUGGAGAGGAUUACACGUUAGUGAAGAAGUCAUUUGUGACACCUCACAUAUCAGGAGAAUGGAGCAGGACCCCAGGAGCCAUCACUGAGCCUCCACCUCAUUCACUUAUACAUGAGCAGAAGAUCCUAGAACUUACCAACAGGAUCACUGAGCUGCUGACCGGAGAGGUUCCUAUAAGGUGUCAGGAUGUCACUGUCUAUUUCUCCAUGGAGGAGUGGGAGUAUUUAGAAGGACACAAGGAUCUGUAUAAGGACAUUAUGAUGAAGGAUCCCCAGCCUCUUGUAUCACUGGAUGAAUCCAAUAGGACAAAUCCACCAGAGAAAUGCCCCAGUCCUCUAUAUUCCCAGGAUUGCCAAGAUGAAAUGCAAAUUGUUCCACAAGGUCAUCAGGAGGAGUGCAAGUAUUUAGAAGAACACAGGGAUCUGUACAAGGAUGUCAUGAUGAAACCCCUCACAUCAACAGAUGAGUCCGGUAGGAAAAAUCCACCAGAGAGAUGUCCUAGUCCUCUCUAUUCCCAGGAUUGGCCAGAGGAAAAACAAAAUGUCCCACUGGAUCAUCAGGAAAGUUAUGGUGAAACGACGAGUGAGGGUGAAAAUCCCAUAUCGGAGUCAGUGAAGGAUGAUGACAGGAUUAGAGGCUCCGAUUCACAUCUCCUUUUGUCUUAUCCUUAUGAAGUAGACGAUGAUUCGCCUCAAUUUGGCAAAACUAUGACUAAAUAUAGAACGGGUAAAAUGUUUAUACGUUCUGACCAUGGGAAGCAAUUUAAAACGAAAACUAAUCUUUCCACGUGUGACAGACUUCGCAGAGAUGCAAGGCCACGUACAUGUUCAGAAUGUGGGAAAUGUUUUAGUCGGAAAUCAAGUCUCGUUGCACACCAGCGGAUUCACACAGGAGAGAAGCCAUUUUCAUGUCUUGAAUGUGGGAAAUGUUUCAAACAGAAAUCAAAUCUAGUACGACAUCAGAGAAUUCACACAGGAGAGAUUCCAUAUUCAUGUUCAGAAUGUGGGAAGAGUUUUGAUACAAAUUCAGGUCUUGUUCUUCAUCUGAGAACUCACAGAGGGGAGAAACCAUAUUCAUGUUCAGAAUGUGGGAAGUGUUUUGAUACAAAUUCAGGUCUUUUUCUUCAUCUGAGAAUUCACAAAGGGGAUAAUUCAAAAUCCUGUUCAGAAUGUGGGAAGUGCUUUACUCGCAAAACAAGUCUUGUUAUUCAUCUGAGAACUCACACAGGAGAAAAGCCAAAUUCAUGUUCAGAAUGUGGGAAAUGUUUUAACCAGAAAUCAGACCUUGAGAAACAUCAAAGAAUUCACACAGGAGAGAAGCCGUACUCAUGUACCGAAUGUGGGAAAUGUUUUAUCCAGAAAUCAAAUCUUGAGAAACAUCAAAGAAUUCACACAGGGGAGAAGCCAUAUUUAUGUACAGAAUGUGGGAAAUGUUUUAUCCAGAAAUCGGAUCUUAAGAAACAUCAAAGAAUUCACACAGGGGAGAAGCCAUAUUCAUGUUCAGAGUGUGGGAAAACUUUUUGCCAUAGAUCACAAGUUUUGAACCAUCUAAGAAUUCACACAGGGAGAAGCCAUUCUCUUGUCCUGAAUGUAGAAAAUGUUAUACCAACAAAUCAGAUCUUAUGAAUUAAAGAAUUCUAUCAAUUGAGAAAACAUUGCAAUGUUCAGAUUGUAGGAAAUGUGGCACGAGUGGACCUCAUUGAAGGACUUACAACAGAUUUCUUCUGAUGUAUAACGAAGACUUUUUCUGGAAUUCCAAAAAAUCUAAGCUGCUUUUCUUCAAAAGCAACACCACUGCUGUCCAUAGGUUGUGUGGAAGUAUUGCAGUUCUGCUCCAUUCACUUCAAAAAGCCAAGCUGCAAUGAAAAAAUUGCAUUGUUUUAAUCAUGUCAAUCCACAAAAUAAAGGUAAUAUACCACACCGUUAACCAUACAAAAUGUUAAGUAAAAAAAUCAAUUGAUUAAAAAGAAUAAUG